AUGCCGACGCUGGACAUCCGCGGCAUUCCCGUCGCGUUCCCAUUCACUCCGUAUGCGUCGCAGCUCGUGUACAUGGAGAAGGUGAUAUUGGCUCUCGAGACCAAGCAGAAUGCAUUGCUCGAAAGCCCCACGGGAACGGGCAAAACGUUGUGUCUGCUAUGCGCGACACUGGCGUGGCGUAUCCAUCGUCUAAAGCAACUGAAAGCUGCAUCCAAGAGGACAAAAGUGCAGUAUGAAAGCAUUGAUGGUGGGGGUGCGGACGACGAUGACGACAAGGCCCUGCGCGACAAGCUCCCGAAGAUCAUCUACGCCUCCCGGACGCAUUCCCAACUCAAACAGGUUGUGAAGGAGCUCAAACAAACGCCGUACAAGCCCAAAGUCGCGAUUCUUGGUUCGCGCGAGCACCUGUGUGUCCAUCCUGAGAUAUCAUCGAUGCGGGGGACGCAGCAAAACCACACAUGCCGCCAGGCCGUGCGCGCUCACAAAUGCACGUAUAAGACUGGAUACGACAGGCAAGCAAAGACCAAGUCGGCCGCGUUGCCGAUUCUCGAUAUCGAAGAGUUGGUGACGACCAUGAAAGAUCGCGAGGUGUGCCCGUUUUACCUGAGCCGAGACAUGCUCGUCAGUGCCGACAUUGUGUUCAUGCCGUAUAACUAUUUGGUCGAGCCGUUCGUGCGCAAUUCGCUGGGCGUGACGCUCGAAAACGCCGUGCUAAUCUUUGAUGAAGCCCAUAACGUGGAAUCGGUUGCGACGGAUGCAGCGUCGUACAGCUUGUCGUCGUUGGAUGUGCAGGGGUGUAUCAAGGAAGUCGAAGAGUGCCACAACCUGAUCGUUUCUGGGCGCAUUCAGCCUGGCGAAGACACGUACUUGAAUUCCCAGUCUGCGCUGACGCUCAAGAGUCUGCUACUGGAAAUCCACACGGGGCUCAACACAUUUCCCCUCAACGACCGAGGCGGGUGCACCAAGCCGGGCGCUUUCAUCUUUGAGUUUUUUAACCAGUUCAACAUUACAUUCGACACAGCCCCGAUGGUCGUGACGAUCACGGAGCAAGUGAUUGAAGCGAUGAGCGAUUACGCCCAAAGCAACCCACGCAACUCGAAACUCGACCAACUCCUCACGUUCUUACGUACGAUUUACCGCGACAAGGAAAACCACCAGGCGAUGACAAAGCAAUACCGCGUGCAUAUUCAAGAAGAAACGGUCCGUCAGCCAGGUCGGAUGCGAAAUGCGUACAGCAGUCGACCGGUGACGUCGACGCAGCGCAUGUUUCACUACUGGUGCUUCCAUCCAGGCGUAGCGAUGCACGAAAUCAUGGACAACAAGGUCCACAACAUCAUUCUGACGAGUGGAACGCUGUCGCCCCUGGAGACCACCGUCAAAGAGCUCGGGAUCUCGUUUCCCAUUCAGCUCGAGAACGCGCACGUCAUCGAUGCGUCGCAGGUGUGGGUUGGGGUCGUCGGGGUCGGUGUGACUGGAAAGAAACUGAACGCGAGCUACGAGAGCCGCAACUCUCCAGAUUACGCCGCUGAACUGGGCAACACCCUCGUCAACAUCACUCGACUCGUUCCCAACGGCCUCCUUGUCUUCUUUCCGUCCUACUCAAUUCUCGAUCAGUGCACGGCGCAGUGGCAGCAAGUGCCCCGAGGAAGCGCCAGUGGCGCCGUGCCCAUCUGGGAGCGUUUGGCUGUCCUCAAGCCUGGAAUACCUGGCGCCUUGGGCUCGAGGGCUGCCUCUUUGUUGUACUUUUGA